GGGGUCAUGUGAAUUCCGCAUAAUAGUCGCGCACCAUUGUCGUACCCCAGGGCUUGACCGAGGAAUUCCUGGAGAACUAACGACUACCCCAGAUCCACUUGCUCGUAUAUAAAAUGCCGUAGGCCUACCCCUCUUCCCUUCUUGAAUAUCGCUAGAAUCAAUACACGCAAGCACUUGUUACGAUGAAGAUUGACAAUGCAAUCACUUCGUCUCCGGCGGAGUCGAACGAGAAAUUUGAAGUGGGACGCGAUAAACCUGCGAGGCCCCAGACAAGGAGUGACCUGGUCAAGGAAAUUGAUGCUAUGGUGAUGGCGCCGGGCGUGACGCGGGAGUCAUUCGCGCACCUGGACGAGAAGAAGAUUCUCCGAAAGAUGGAUAUGCGACUCAUCCCGAUGCUGGCGCUCCUUUAUCUGCUGUCGUUCCUCGAUCGAGGGAACAUUGGCAACGCCAAAAUCCAGGGACUUCAAGAAGACCUUAAGAUGACUGACGGGCAAUACAACUGGACUUUGACGGUCUUCUUCUUCACAUAUUGCGCUUUCGAAGUACCGAGCAACAUGAUUCUGAAGAAGAUGAGACCAUCAAUAUGGCUUCCUGCAAUUAUGGUGGCUUGGGGUAUUGUGAUGACCCUAAUGGGGCUUGUGCAGAACUUCACAGGUCUCCUCCUGAGUCGAUUGUUCCUCGGUGUCGCUGAGGCCGGGCUCUUCCCUGGAGUGGCAUACUACAUAACGAUGUGGUAUUGUAGACACGAGGCGCAAACCCGCCAAGCACUCUUCUUCAGCGCCGCAAGCAUUGCGGGCGCAUUCUCCGGCCUCCUUGCCUACGCCAUCGCCAAGAUGCACGGCAUAGCCGGACUCGAAGGAUGGCGGUGGAUUUUCAUUCUCGAAGGGAUUGCGACGGUCGUGGUUGCUGUGAUCGCCUUCUUUCUCCUCUACGAUUUUCCAGAAACCGCCACGUUCCUAACCGCAGAAGAACGAGCAUUUGUGGUCUAUCGACUCAAAUAUCAAGGGCAGGUCGCUGGGCCUGACGGCCGUCUCACGGCUCAAACGGAUGAGUUCCAGUGGAAGUACGUAGGGGAUGCCUUCCGCGAUUGGCAGAUUUGGGUGAACAUCUUCGUCUAUUGGGGUAUUGUCUGUCCACUAUACGGCAUCAGUCUCUUCCUUCCGACCAUUAUCAAAGGCCUGGGGUAUACUUCUUCGACUGCCCAGCUUUUAACUGUCCCGAUAUACAUCACUGCGGCGAUCCUGGCCAUUGGGAUAGCAUAUGCUGCCGACCACCACGGCAGACGAUCUGUGUUCAUAUUCCCACUCCUGUGUAUCAUGGCGGUGGGCUUUAUUAUGUGUAUUUCGACCUCUACCCCUGGCGUUGUGUACGCUGGUGUCUUCAUUGCAGCAUGCACGAUUUAUCCAGCCUUCCCGACACUUAUUAGUUGGCUCAGCAACAACCUCGCUGGAAGCUCAAAGCGUGCGGUCGGCAUGGCCAUCCAGAUUGGUGUUGGUAACCUAGGAGGGGCAAUGGCGUCCAAUUUCUACCGGGGCACCGACGGGCCGAGGUAUUUCCUAGGCCAUGCACUAGAACUUGCCUUCAUUUUCAUGGGCCUUGUUGCGACAGUAAUUCUGGUUCUCAACUAUCGCCGCAUCAACCGGAAACGAGAGAGGCAAAUGGCGGAAGGAUUACACAACGGAUACACGCCGGAAGAGCUGAGCGCACUCGGUGAUAGGGCGAUAACAUUUAGAUAUGAGCUAGCUAUCUGCUUUUUCAAGUGACCCCUGAAUUUAUCAAACUCAGAUUUCCUUGUCGUCG